UAAUAACUGAUACCACACACACACACACACACACACACACACACACACACACACACACACACACACACACACACACACGCGGGUUGUCGAGACUGCCAAAUGGAGUGAGCUCACAAGUCAAUGCCAUGCAACCCCUGGCAAACACCUGCUGUCCACAUAGAGGUCUGUCAGCCUCCUGAACAUCUCCCCUCUUCAGCGCAGAGGAUGCUGGGAAUGUGUCGUGGGCGCAGGAAGUUCCUGGCUGCCUCCCUUAUCCUGCUCUUUAUCCCGGCCCUCACGUGGCUCUACCUGUCUGCUACUAAUUUCACAGUGAAGCCACUGCCUCUGUCCCCAUUGGAGCCUCAGUCCUCUACGUUGGCCCUGGAACUAAGGGUACGGGAGGUGGAAGAGGAAAACCGUGCGCUCAGGAAAGAGCUGAGUCAGCCACCCAGAAGUCCCACACAUGGCAACCAGAAUGGCAGUGGACGCCAUGGCAACCAGUCCCAUGUUGGCAGAGAGGGUUUAAGGCAUGCAGAAGCUCAGAGAGGCAUCACACUGGGAAACAGCUCUGACUGUGUGUCUCAGCCUGAAGUGGAUAAGUGUGAGACAAUUCAUAUGGCUAUAGUGUGUGCCGGAUAUAAUGCCAGUAGAGACGUGGUGACACUGGUGAAGUCUGUCCUUUUCCACAGACGGAACCCGCUCCACUUCCACUUUAUUACAGAUGCCAUUGCCCAGCAAAUCCUGGCCUCCCUCUUCCACACCUGGAUGGUGCCUGCUGUCCAAGUAGACUUUUAUGAUGCUGAUGAAUUAAAGUCUGAGGUGUCAUGGAUCCCCAACAAACAUUACUCUGGUAUUUAUGGCUUAAUGAAGCUGGUUCUCACGAAGACGCUGCCAUCAAACCUGCAGAAAGUCAUCGUUCUCGAUACUGACAUCACCUUUGCCACAGACAUUGCUGAGCUGUGGGCUGUCUUUCACAAAUUCAAAGGUCAACAGGUGCUUGGACUGGUAGAGAACCAGAGUGAUUGGUAUUUAGGAAACCUAUGGAAGAACCAUCGACCAUGGCCAGCUCUGGGCAGAGGCUUCAACACUGGUGUGAUUCUCCUGCUGUUAGAUCGUUUGAGGAAGCUCAGAUGGGAGCAGAUGUGGAGACUGACAGCAGAGAGAGAGCUGAUGAGCAUGCUAUCUACAUCACUAGCAGAUCAGGAUAUCUUCAAUGCUGUGAUCAAACAAAACCCUUUCCUGGUGCACCAGCUUCCCUGUUUCUGGAACGUUCAGCUGUCUGAUCACACACGAUCCGAGAAGUGCUACAGAGAUGUGUCUGACCUCAAGGUGAUCCAUUGGAACUCUCCUAAGAAGCUCCGUGUAAAGAACAAACAUGUGGAGUUUUUCAGGAACCUUUAUCUGACCUUCCUGGAGUAUGAUGGCAACCUGCUGAGGAGGGAGCUCUUUGGGUGUCCAAGUGAAACUGACCACAAUAGUGAGAACCUCCAGAAGACUCUACUGGAGCUUGAUGAGGAUGACCCAUGUUACGAGUUCCGGAGGGAGCGUUUUACUGUGCAUCGCACACACCUCUACUUUCUACACUAUGAGUAUGAGCCCAGUACAGACCAGACUGAUGUUACACUUGUGGCCCAGCUCUCCAUGGACAGGCUGCAGAUGCUGGAGGCCAUCUGUAAACACUGGGAAGGACCCAUCAGUCUGGCUCUCUACCUGUCUGAUGCUGAGGCACAGCAGUUUCUGCGCUAUGCUCAGGGUUCUGAGGUGCUCAUGAGCAGGAGCAACGUGGGAUACCAUAUCGUCUACAAAGAGGGCCAGUUCUACCCAGUCAACCUGCUGCGCAACGUUGCCAUGAAACAAGUCAACACACCCUACAUGUUCCUGUCUGACAUUGACUUCCUGCCAAUGUAUGGACUUUACGAAUACCUCAGGAAAUCUGUUGUACAGUUGGACAUGGCACACACUAAAAAGGCUCUGGUGGUGCCUGCAUUUGAAACGCUGCGCUACCGGCUGUCCUUCCCCAAAUCCAAGGCUGAGCUUCUGUCCCAGUUGGACAUGGGCACGCUCUUCACUUUUAGAUAUCAUGUAUGGACAAAAGGACACGCUCCAACCAACUUUGCUAAAUGGCGGACAGCCACGACGCCAUACAGAGUGCAGUGGGAAGCCGACUUCGAGCCGUAUGUGAUGGUUAGGAGGGAAAGUCCAGAAUAUGACCGCAGAUUUGUGGGAUUCGGUUGGAACAAAGUAGCUCACAUAAUGGAGCUCGAUGCACAGGAGUACGAGUUUGUGGUUCUACCCAAUGCCUAUAUGAUCCACAUGCCUCAUGCACCUAGCUUUGACAUCACCAAGUUUCGCUCAAAUGAGCAGUACCGCGUUUGCCUCAAGACCCUUAAAGAGGAGUUUCAGCAAAACAUGUCCCGCCGCUAUGGAUUCGCUGCACUUAAAUACAUGACUGCAGAAAAUAACAGCUAGCACCUUUGCCAUACUGAAAUUCUGCAUGUGUGAUGGACAGAACUGCUUUAGAAGGUUAUAAAAUAGCGGCAAAACUGGGCAGUGAACGAUGGAGUCUUCAAAACGUAGAGCGGCUGGUACGCUCAUGAAAAUGACUUAAGUAAAUAAAUUUUAUGUCCAUUAAUCCCAAUCUGGCUAAAUUAAUCCAGAUGGAUCUUGAAACUGCAAAUUUAAACAUUUGAUAUACAGUAAUCUCCCGUUUACUGCGGUGAUUAUGGUCCAAAACCACCUCUGGAUGCCACCCCAAAAAUGCAAUUUUAUGUAUACUGUACUGUACUGUAUUAACAUUUUACUUCAUUUUAUAAUUAAUUAUGAUAUUUUUAUUAAUAAAUUUUAUUAUUUCAACAUAAAAUAUUUCAAAUUCAAACAUUUUUGGUCUAUCGUGCUAUCUGCGAGAGAUCGGAAAAAUCAGCUAAACAAAUUAGUUAUGUGGCAAAUGCAAUUCCGGGAUAAACUGGGGGCCCGAGAUUCAAACCGCGGUAAAGUGGGGGAUUACUGUAUAUUUUUUCCAGGUUACUUCCUAUUUUUGUUUUAGCACGAAUUAUGGUAACAAAACUACUUCAAACUUUACCUUUUAGGUUGUUGAAAGAUUUAAUUACACUGUUAUUUUCUAAAUAUCAUAUUAAUAGAUAAAUAUAUAUUUUCCAGGGUUAAAAUAAAAAAUGCGAUUAUGUACAAUUAGUCUAAGUAUGUGUAAGACUGGAAUAUGUAAAAACGAUAUAGGCUUCAAGGUAAGUCCAUAGGAUAUAGAUUUCAACAUCCCAGUUCCUAAGAGAUUAAAGAAAUUCUGAUUGACCCUAAUAUGGACAAAUCAUUCCUCAAUUAAUUGAAGGAUACCACUGAACAAAGUUACUACAAAAAAGCCAGUGUUCAUACAUUCAACAAAUAGAUCAGAAACAACCUGAUCUUCAUACACCUUUUUGAUAGUUAAGAUUAAUCAAGAUAAUCAAAUGUUUUCUCCAUAAUAUCAUGCUAUAGUGUUGUAUACUAUGAUGAAAACAAUGUUAUGGCACCAGUGAAGAGCUGCAAGCGGUUCUUCUGAAUUGGUAAAUACCACAGAACAAUGUUGUUAAAAUGAAUAUGUCUAUUUUGAUAAUAAAAUAAUGUUAAUAAUGUGUCUUUAUGUUCUUGAUCUGAUGGUCAAACAAUAAUGCAAGCUGGUCCAUGCCUAUACUGAUUUAUGUACUAAUUGUAUGAAUCUAAGUGAAUUUAGGACAGUGGUCUGUGGUUUAAAUGGCUGAUAAUAAAUGGAAAACCUAUUGACUACCUUUGAACAGACUAAACAGAAGAGAGAAAAAUACUUAAAAUCUUAACCUCUGAAUUUCAAUCAAUACUAUUCACAAUGCAUGACUCUGUAAAGAAUGCACACUGAUAUUUGUAUAUUAUUAAGUAAUUUUAUAACAGGAAAAGCUGACAAAAGCUAUUCAGCACCUGGACCGAAUAACAUUACUACAUUACCACUUACAAUUUGACAGUUGGAAGCUGAAUGACAGUAAUUAUUUAAUUAGGACAUGGAGUUACUUGUGUUGGCUGGUUAUAAGAUAGAGAAGGUAACAACUGUGCCAAUCUGUGAUCUAAGCCUAGAGGUUGUCAUGGCAAGGUGUGAGACAUCUAUUUUCAAUUUCAAUGCUAAUGGAGCAUCUGGAGCAUCUACAUCCAUUAUAAAGGUACAAUUAUUGCUAAAAUAUUUUCGAAUGUGUGACAUAGUAAAACCAUCUUUAGACAUGUUUGGACAAGGUUCUGAGGACAUGGGAGAGACUGAUUUGUCUGAUCAUAUGCCAAUUUAUUGUAACGAAUUAACUAUGAGGCCUUAGCCCUGUUUGUUUAAAAACUAAGAAACCUGCAGCAAUCAUCCAGGACAUAUGGAAUUAUAUAACUGGUUUGAUGCUAAAUCCAUUUAUUGUCCCACUGCCUUGCUUUUAAUGUUUAUGUUUGUCCUUACUGGUUGUAAAUUUAUAGGGAUGGUAUCAGAGAGCAUAUCACUGGCACAGCUUUAAUAUCUCUGAGGGAAAUUAGCACACUCUUUGGCUUUACCAAAUGCCUUCCAAAGCUCCACAAAAACUCAGGCCCACUGUGAGGCAUUAAAGAGAUGUAUGGCAGUGGUUAUUGCAAAAUAAAUAUAUCACCUGGCUGUGAUUUUUUUCAGUAUAUUCUUGAAUUGUAUGUUUGUAGUCAUGGCAACCCGAUUACCAUUGUAUUGUUGUGAGAUUCCAUGAUAAAAGGGUGGCAAGUUACUAUGCAUGGUGCUAGUAUGUAUGCAGUAUUUGAUUCAAUCUGUAAUUUUUGGCUAUUGCUGAGUAUUGAGAGUCAGGAUAUAGCUCCUGAAUGGUGAAGUACAACUUUUUUGCUGA